AUGCACUCGCUUCUCGGUGGCCGCCGCAAAAACGGCAACGUGAAAACCCGCGUCAAGGAGUUGAAGCAGACCAUCAGCACUUUCCCCAUUCAUUCACCAUCCGCCUCUCCAGAUGCCCAAACCAUGCUGACCAAGAGUGGUCACAGCUCGAACACGAGCCUUCCCAGCAUGACCGAGUUCACACGCGAAGAGCUGCUGGCCAAGUGCGCCGAAUGCGCCCAGCUACAACAGGACAUUCAAGCUCAAACUGCGCUUUUUUUGACUGUCAGUCCCACUCCAUACAAAGAGCUCCAACUGCAUCACCCUUGCUUCAUAGCUCCAACACCCAUCACUCUUGCUCCAUGUUCUAAACGGCGUGUGUGCGUGCUUAAACUAGCCGAGGAUGACGUGCGAGAGGCCGAUUUGCUGCGCCAACGCCAGGGGAUCGACGAGCAACUCUCGGCUAUUUGUGAGCAGAUUUCCCGCCUGCAAGCGCAGAAAGCGGCCUUGGUGCAACAGGGUGAACAACUUGAUCGGGACAAGACUGCUGUGGAGCGGAAUCGACAAGCAAGUACAGAUGAGCUUCAAUCCUGCCGUAAUCGCUACGAAGGUGCCAGCCGCCGUCUACACAUUGCGCAACGUCAGCUUGCAGAGCUGCCCGCCCCCAAGGUCGUCGCGCCCCCCUCGCUGGCACCCAUCUCAGCAUUGGCUCACUCCAGCCCCGGCAGCCCAACUGGAUCACGCGCCACACAAAGCCAGCCACCGCCCACCGCAAGAACGGCAAGCCGGCAUCCACGUGCCAGUUCCGGUCCUCCCAGUUGUUCACCAUCACGCCGCGAGUCGCUGAUGGCCAGCAAGCGUGGCUCCUAUGAGACUGCCUGCACGCCGCUGGGGUUGGACUCGCGUCGCGGCUCACACGACGCCCAACCAAAGCCACCGGUUGAUGCUCGCCGUAUUGGUGCGCCAGUGCUAUUGGAUUCGGAGGAUGAAGAAGACCAAGAGGAUGCGCACGGUGCCCAGGUGGCGUUGUCGUCGCAGACGGGUCCAUCGGCGCACUCUCCCGCCAUGGCUUCACACAUGCGCGAUGCCAAUGCCUCGGCAUCCGACGAGGAAGACGACGGUGAGGUCGAGGAUGAAUAUGAAGAGUUGGAUGACAUUGCCAUGCAAGCUGGGGCCGCAGAUGAAUACGUGCAUACAGACGACGAGCUAGAUCCAGCCUAUGAUGGUACCCAGGCUGCCUCCGAGUGCCUCUCGGCCAGUGCUUUUAUUGACGGCUUGUACGACAAUGCUGAAUCCGAUCAGGAAGAAGUUGAGGGAGCGGGCCCCUCUUCCGAGGCACCGUGCAGCCCGUGUCCCGUCGAUUCUGGUCGCUUGGAGGCACGGCAGAUACACGUGGGGUCCCACAAGAGCGAUAGCAAGGUUCCUUUACCCGCGGCUCGUGGCAGCUUUGCCAACCUGGCCACGCUGCGAGCAUCCGCCGAACAGCUCGACGUGAGCGCACUUGAAUUUGCACGCCAAGCCUCAGCACACAUGCUUGCAACCGACGACGCCGAUCAAGACGAGACUCAAACAUAUCCUCCCAUUGGGUUCCAGACACGGGGUGUGCUCUGCUAA